GGGGCUCUGUUUUGCAUGGAAACAGCCCAACAGGCGGAAGGGCGCGGGUCCUGGCUCUUCCUGUUCCCGUCGUUCCUCCCCCCGCUUUCCCAACCCAAAGCCGCCUCCACGGGGUAAGGGCGGUGCUUUCCUGGCUACAGGAAGCGGAAAGCAGCCGCAGCAGAUGGAGCAGAGGCAGAAGCGACGAUGUCGGCGGGGAGCGCGAGAUUGAUGUUGCAGAUUAAAGGAGCCAUAACCCGAAAAGUAACAUUAUUACUGUCUUCAACCUGUGGAUGAUCAAGACUCUUAAUUAUCCCCACCCAAACUCUUCCUCGGGACUUGGUGGCUCUUCUGAGUGCAAGACGUGUGCUGCUCUCUGCUGUCCCAAGACUUUCCUGUGGCCAUGGAUACGGAGUCAACCUACUCCGAAUAUUCCCACUAUUCAAGUCACUCCAGAAAAGCUCAGCGACAAGGGAGCCGAGACAGGCACAAAUCGCCUCGGAGUAAAGAUGGCAGUCGCUCUGAGAAAUCCGUUACCAUUCAGGCGCCACCUACAGAUCCAUUGUUGGGGAAUGAUUCUCGGGCAGAAGAAGGUCAGGAUGACAACUGGGGUGAGACCACAACAGCCAUCACAGGGACUUCAGAGCACAGUGUGUCCCAGGAGGACCUUGCUGGGCUCAGCAAAGACUUGGAGGACAGCGUUGGCUUGGACUGCAAGCGUUACCUUGUCUUCACAGUGGCAGCCAUCCUGGGCCUUCUGGUCUUCCUGACUCCCAUUGCCUUUAUUCUGCUCCCCCAGAUCCUGUGGAGAAGUGAGUUGGAGCCAUGUGGAACAGCUUGCGAGGGACUCUUCAUCUCUGUCGCUUUCAAACUCCUGAUACUCUUGAUUGGCACCUGGGCGCUUUUCUUUCGCCAACCCAAGGCAGACCUCCCGAGAGUGUUUGUGUUCCGCAUCCUCACUUUGGUCCUUAUAUUUCUACUGAUGUUUUCCUACUGGUUGUUUUAUGGUGUUCGCAUUUUGGAAUCCAAGGACCUCAAUUACCAUGGAAUCGUACAGUUUUCUGUGUCCCUGGUGGAUGCUCUGCUUUUUGUUCACUAUCUUGCUAUCAUAGUAUUGGAACUGAGGCAGCUGCAGCCAAUGUUCACGGUCAAGGUGGUUCGAUCAACAGAUGGAGAAUCGCGCUAUUAUAGCUUGGGACACUUGAGCAUCCAGCGGGCUGCUUUAGUUAUCCUGGAAAAUUACUACAGAGACUUUGCAGUCUAUAACCCAAUGUUGUUAACAGCUUCUAAAGCACGGGCAGCAAAGCACAUGGCAGGCCUGAAGGUCUACAGUGUUGAUGCUGCCCUUGUAGCCAAACUGAAAAUGUAUUUAGCAGAUGGACCAGAUACCAAUGCUGCUGGGCAGUCCAGAGCCAUGAUUGCUGCUGCAGCUCACCGCAGGGAUUCCAGUCACAAUGAACUCUAUUAUGAAGAAGCGGACUAUGAGCGAAGGGUCAGAAAACGCCGGGCAAGGCUUGUGGUAGCAGUCGAAGAAGCAUUCACCCACGUUAAGCGCAUGCAGGCAGAGGAGCAGCAGAAAGCCCCUGGAGAAGUGAUGGAUGCUCGAGAGGCAGCACAGGCCAUCUUCCCUUCCAUGGCAAGAGUGCUGCAGAAGUACCUACGGACUACCCGGCAACAGCCCUACCACACCAUGGAGAGCAUCUUGCAACACUUGGCUUUCUGUAUCGCCCACAACAUGACACCAAAGGCUUUCCUGGAACGUUAUCUCACUCCAGGCCCAACUCUGCAAUAUGACAAGGAUCGUUGGUUCUCCAAACACUGGACACUCAUAAGUGAAGAAGCUGUUACAAGGGGACUAAGGGAUGGUGUCGUGUUUGUCCUCAAGUGCUUGGACUUCAGCCUUGUCAUUAAUGUGAAAAAGAUCCCUUUCAUCAAACUCUCAGAAGAGUUUUUAGACCCCAAAUUUCACAAGUUUGCCUUUCGCUUACAGUCGGAAACAUCGGUCUAGAGUGGCAUGUGUCUGUGGGUGAGAAGAGGGUAGCCUCUAACUUUAUGCAUUCAGGUGUCUGGAUUUUGGUAUAUGUUUGUUUUCCCCUUUCCCUGUUAUUGAGUUCAAAAAGCACAGGUGAUGGGCCACAAAGAUUUUUGCCAUCUGCACUUUAUUAGGAAAGAGGAGAAAGAAGAUUCUUUAGAAAGAUGCAAAGAGUGUAAUGGAUUGAAUGGAGCACAUUCAAUUAGUCAGAAUGGCUAAUCUUAGUUCAUGCACUCCGCAGAGAACCAUUCACUACUGUGGUACCUUGUUUUGCGCUGCCAUCCUGCCUUAGGUCAGCUGAAGUGUAUCUUUUGCUCAUGCUUCACCCUACUUUUAUCUGUGUUCACAAUGUACACUGUUCUAUAGAUCAGCAUCACUUCGCUCAGCUUUUGUCAGUUUCCUAUGUAGCUCGUAUUCACAGGUCAUUCUUUCAGCCCUCAGUUUGUACUAUCUGUAAUUUGAAUCCAGAUCAUAACUUGAGAUUCCAAAGAUGCACCUGGCAAUAUAUGGCAUGGAUCUGCUUGCCUGCUUUCCUUUGAUAUUCUCUGUGGACUGAGAAAAAAUAAAUAAAAGAAAUACUUAUUUCCAGGAGACAGCAGCUUCUGGAGAUGGAACAAAGCCUAUGAAUGUAAUUUGUCUAUUUACCCAAUGUCAGACUGAAAUUUUAAAGCUUCCUUAUCAUGGCUUGUUCAAAUGACACAACUGAACAAAUGAUCAAGAGGAUUUUGAGUUAAUUUGUCAGGUGAUGUCUUUUGGAGAAAGUGGAGAUGUCAUUCUUCUUCUUAAAGAACAUCCUUUUUUGGAUCUAGAGGGGGGAAAUUGUAAAUAGAAGAAAAACACUGACCAGUAGUCCUUUUGGCUGUCUGUACCCACACAUGUGCCCAAACACAUCAUGCACCUUCUUCUCUCCUUGCUCUAUGUGGCAGACUAUUUUUCUCAUCCUAUACAGUUUGUCUGUUUACUUUUAUCCCAAAUAUAUUUAUGCAGUUGCAAAAAGACUUGAAUGCUGAGCAUUCUGACUUGUGAAAAAAGAA